GGCUGCUCACUCUGAAGGCCUCGCACCAACAUGCACACUUGUGCUCACUCGCAAUCGACAGCCUCGUUGCGACUCUGCCAUAUUUUCUGCUCUUCUACUUCUACUUCUCUUCCCCUCUUACAAAUCCUGUCUUACUUGCGCGAGAGCUCUCGUAUCUCUGAAGAUGGUCUUCGAUCGACCGUUUGGUCCUUGCUGGCAAGCGUAGUUUCAAUGGCGUCGCAAGCCUCGUCUCCCAGUAUUUCUGGGCAAGGCCAUGGAUCAGAGGGCAACAAGAACCGUCCAAAGAGCAACAUCACACGUGUGCGAACAGGAUGUUUUACGUGCAGAAAGCGAAGGAAGAAGUGUGAUGAAAGGAGGCCCAUUUGCUCGAAUUGUCAAAGGACAAAUGUGGUGUGUGAAGGCUUUCCUCAGCAAGUCUUCUGGGAGACUCGAAGCGCAGCAAGAAGAGCAGUGGUCUCGAGGUCAAAUUCAGUCACAAGCCCAACGUUCUACACUUCUCCAACUUCUGGGGCAGGAAUUCCUGAUCUCAGCAUGGACUUUGGACAGUGGAUAGACCAUUUGCCUUCCCAAUUCUCUCCGCCGUAUCAAGGACAUGCUCUAGCCCGCCUGGAAGAUCGACCGCUCGACGAUGAUAUGGGCUACAUCUUUGAUCAAUUCAAUGGCUCGGCAAUCGGAGGCGUCGCGAGUCUAGAUCAAGCACCUGGUUUUCUCGAUUACCAGGGAAUUUCUCGCGAACUUGUAAUCAGGGAAGAUCCAUCACAGGAGCGAGCUAUAACCCAAAACGCCUUCCAGGAAGCGUUUAUUCCAAUCGAGCUACCAUUUCUGAUCACGGGGGUGGACACAACUAUACACCAAAGGCUUUUUUGUCAUUUCACAGGCGUGAUGAGCCAACUCCUUACCACUUUCUCUGGGCAGUCGAACCCUUUCAAUCAAGUCGUUAUCCCAAUGGCCAUGGAGGAUCACAACGUGAUGGAUACUUUGCUAUGUCUAGCCGGCUCCCACCUGUUAAAGGUACAACCUACGGUGUUGAACGGAGAAUUGCUAGCUGAGAAGCGACGAUUGCAUGAAAAUGCUCUACGAACACAAGAACUUCGUGUCCAAGAUCUAAGGAAGUCAUUCACGGGAUCUGGCCUACCUUAUUCUAUCCAAUAUCAAGAAACUGUUCUCGCCACGUCGCUACUUCUCUGUCUCUUUGAAAUCUGCGAAGGAAGCAGUGAUGGAAGUUGGAAGUACCAUCUUAAAAUCGCCCGAGAAAUCAUCACCAUGGCAUCAGAAUCCCAAGGCCCAGGUUCUCCCUCAAGCAGAACAACAGACAUCAACCCCUUCCUCCUCGAGUUCUUCCUCUACCACGACUCCCUCGCAACGGUAACCAGUCCCUCCAACCCAGUCAAUACACCCAAAUUCCGCAACAAAGCCGAGAUCUCCGACCAAGAUACCUCCAUGGUCGGCGUCCAAGACGGCCUCAUCGAAUUCAUCAUCCAAAUCUCCGCCCUCCGAGCUGAAGCAGACGCCAGCAACCACCAACCCGACGGGAACGUGAUCUGCAAAGCAGUUCAAAUCUGGCAAGACCUCGCGAACUGGAGACCCCGAUCCAUCACCACCAAAGAGCGACGACUAAUCACGGAGUUCUACCAAUGGGCUCUGUUCAUCUGGCUCUAUUCCAUCGUCUACCCGGACGGCAAAGCCGAUGCCAAGGUCCAGAGCGCCGUACAGCGGAUCGCGGAGGGGAUGUGCGAGAUUAACUCCGGAGAUGGAGUUAUGGCUUGUUUGUUGUUUCCUUUGUUUGUGAUUGGGUCGGCGGCUAUUACGAACAGGGAUCGGGAGACGGUAUUGGCGCAUUUUAGGAAGUUGAGGAAUUGGAGCGCGUUGGGGAACAUUGAUUUGACGGAGAAGGUUGUUAGGAAGAUGUGGAUGGAUCAUGAUGUUGGGUUGCCGGGGUCUUGGGAUUGGGUUAAACAGUUGGAAACUCAUGGGAUGAGUCUUUUGGUUACGUGAUGAUGAUGAUGGGAUGAGGUGGUUCGGCCAAGAGUGUAGGAUCUGGGGAAAAUAUUCAUACAUCUAUAAUGUUACUUCUCAUUUUAUCUUGUAUUCUUUGCUUUGGUUCAUUGCUUGCUCGAGGCCUUCAACAUAUGCCAGCUGGAAAUACCUUCUCAUUCACAUUCAUAUUCACGUCCACAUUUCUCUAUGUCCCAAUAUUCAGCUGUCUCCGCAUCCUCCUCAGCUCAAACAUUCUUGAUCUUCACACUUAUCUCAACACCCACUCCCUGCUCCCCAGCAGCAAGCGUUCUCAGCGCUCUCUCCCUUCCCCUCCACCUUUCCACUUCCUCGCAACUCAACCUCUAACCCUAAUCCCUCCCUCUUAUAAAUCAAGGCAAAGAUCAGCAUCACCUAGUAUUGAACCCUCUCUUAUCUAUCUAUCUAUCUAAGAACAAGGUG